AUGAGAUCGCUUGUUUUAUUCUUCCUUCUUGUCGCAAUUUCAGUCGUUUCAGGACAAUAUGAUUCUGGAAACUCGGCAGACUCAUCUGAAUCAGCACCUUCUCUCGAACAAUCAGCAUCUUCUUCAGAAGAAAUAGUUGAGACCGAUGAGGUGAUUGAAGAAGGAUCUGGUUCAGGAGACGGUCCAGUGGUUUCCGUGGAGCAAAUUCAUAUUUUUGGAAUUCUUCCAGGACCAGGAGAUAUCCGCAAAAAGAGAUCAUUGAUGAAGGUUCUCAGUCGUAAAUAA